CGAUUAUGUAUUCUCAGAUGAAAAUUUUACAUUCGAGCAUCUCCACAAUGCAUUCCAAAGAGGCAAUGACGGAGAUUAAGAAGCCUAAAUCUCCGUAUAUUUCUAAAGAUUGAAUUAAGCUUGGUCCUGAUUGCUCCAAUGAAGUUGCAAGGAAGCCAUUUGAUUCUAAUCAGUUAUAGUUUGCAGCUCUCUUAAGAUUCAUUCAAGUCAGGACAAUACUAAAGAGGAUUCUUACCAAUAUGAGAGAAAUUCAGCAAUGGCACAAAACUCUCGAUAUAGCAAGAGAUUGAAUAACCCAGAAACUUCCUUCUCAAAAAUGAAUUUUGACAAGAAUAUAAGAGGAAAAACAAACGCUGGCUACAUUAAAUCUGUUAUGGGCCGUAAUACCAACUAUGAGAACCUAAAUCAGUACAUAAAGAAGAGCAUGAGCAAGAAAUUGGAGAAUACGAGGAUAGACCUCUCUAGCUCGAUCAAUAAUUCUGAUUUUAAACAGCCUGUCGAGAUUUAUCGGAAGACUAAGGAUGGGAAAUUUAUCAAAGGAUUUGGGACUAAGGCUCAAAAUAUAGGAGCCAGUGCUAACAAGCACCUUGCAAACGAUUCCAAGGAAAGCCUGAACAUGGGUAGUUUUAACUCUAGAGAAAGAAAAUUUUCAAACCUAGAUGAUUCCGAAGGAGAAUCCCUUAUCAACAAACAAUGGAAAAAUUUGUCAAUGAAGAAGCAUGUUGGGACUCUCAGCCAGAUCGCUCAAGAGAUACCAAAGAAGUAUGGGAAUGUUGUUAAGAAGAUCCCUCAGCUUCAUUGAUUGAGCAAUCACAAUCAUAAUUUUAUUCGGAAGGGGAGCAGGUCUAUCAAAUCUAAGGACAAUAAGAACAAAGUACAUGUCUUCGAUUCUCAGAAAGCUAUUAUCCCAAAAAGUUACAGGAUUGAUCAAAUAGGACUUGAAAAUGAGUAUAUUCAAAUCAGAGAAGACCAGUUUAAGGGACCCAUAGAUCAGAGCUCAUACUCUAAGAGAAAAGAUCGAUGAGGAUUGCAGAGUUUACUCGGAAUAACACCUAAAAUUUCCGAUCAUAACUAUUUUGGAUAUCAUACACUUGAGAAUAGCCAGAUUGGUCCUAGCAACUUAGGGUGCUUAGAUGAAAAGUCUGACGAUAAGAUACCCUCUCAAAAGGAUAAAUCCUUAACAGAACUGAGAGUAAACCAAGCUUCUAGUAGAAUAUCAGAGAGUAGUUCUGGUGCAAACUGCAUGCUACAAAGACACUGUAGCAAGGGAAAAAUCACUGACUUUUACACAAUUUCGGAGAUAAUCAUUGGGAAAGGGUCCUACGGUGUUGUAAAAUUAGGUCACAGGAACAUUCUUCCCUCAGAAAGCAAUUCUGAAUGUAAAUAAGGUUGCCAUAAAGAUCUAUGAGAAAGCAGUGGUCAGUAAAUAAGCAAAAGAUUGGCAGCCUCGAUCAAGAGGUUAACGCACUGAAAAGUCUUAAACAUCAAAAUAUCAUCAGGCUUUAUGACUUUUUCGAAGACAGCCACUGUAUUUACCUCGUGACUGAGUACAUUGCAGGAGAGAGCCUUCUGACUUACAUGAAGCGGAAGCCUACCAAGAGGUGUAAUUUAGAACUUAGCCGAGAGAUUUUUAAGCAAAUUCUCAAUGGGAUAACUUUCUGCCACUCUAAAGGCUUUGCUCACCGGGAUAUUAAGCUUGAAAAUAUCUUAGUAACUAAGCAAGAGAACAAGCUUAAAACUGUAUUUGAAGCUCCUCUUGUCAAGAUAAUUGAUUUUGGCUUUGCCAGACAGUAUCAAAAUGGGGAGAAAGGAAGUACCUACUGUGGAACACCAAAUUAUAUGGCUCCAGAGCUGAUAAAAUAAGCAAUUGUUUGAUUACGAGCUAGCUGAUGUAUGGGCUCUAGGGGUUGUUUUCUAUGCUCUUAUGACUGGAUUUUUCCCUUUUAAAGGAGCAAGCAAUAAGGAUAUGUUUUCUAAAAUAAUCAAAGGGAAUUAUAUAAUUCCUGAACGAAUUAACAUUGGUCCAAAGAGGUUGAUAAUGAAAAUGCUUCAAGUUAAUCCCGAACAUCGGAGCCACCUCAAGGAUAUUACAGAUAAAUGGUUGAUGCAGGAUUCUGACGAUAAGCUCAAAGCUCAUAGAGUCAUGAAGAAGCAAUUGUUUGACCAACUACACAGCAGUAUGAUUAAUGUAAAAUAGGGUAGAUUGUAGCCCAAAACAGAGCCCUACCUUAAGCAGCAAAAUUAUGAAGCAAUUGAAUGGGAGCCAGAAUAAUUCAAAUUUCAAAGAAAGUAAAGACUUUAUUAAAAGCUACUUUACUUAUCAGUAUUCUCCAAUUGUGAGUAAAGGUGGAGGAAAGCUACCUCCCAUAAAUCGACUGUCAACAAGCAGAGAGACCAAGAAGGCUAGAGCUUCUUCUCUUGGAGGUACCAUUUUUCAAUAA